AUGCAGCUCCUGGCACCCCUCACCCUCUGCCUGGGCCUCUGGACAGGACUCAGCGCUGCUGUCAUCCCAGUGGAGGAGGAGAAACCAUCCUUCUGGAACAAGCAGGCAGCCGCAGCCAUCGAGGCCUCCUUAAAGAUCCAGCCCAGAAUAAGCCAAGCCAAAAACCUCAUCCUCUUCCUCGGAGACGGAUUCGGGAUCCCCACCAUCACGGCCACCCGCAUCCUAAAGGGGCAGGAGCAGGGGAAGCUGGGCCCUGAGACCCCCCUCGCCCUGGAUGCUUUCCCCUACGUGGCUCUCUCCAAGACCUACAACGUGGACCGGCAUGGUCUCGGUGCUGGAGCGAGCCCGCAAAGCUGGUAAUGGGGGGCACAGGGCAGCGGGGCUGGAGGCGACCCUGCAGGGGCAAGGGGCAUCAAGGUUAGGUUAAAGGUUGGACUUGAUGAUCUUAAAGGUCUUUUCCAACCAAAGCCAUUCUAUGGGGGGGCGGCAGGGAAAGCGGUGGGCAUCGUGACGACGACGCGGGUGCAGCAUGCGUCACCCUCGGGGACAUACGCCCACGUGGUGAACCGCAACUGGUACGCGGAUGCCAACAUGCCUGUGAACGCGCGCAGCCAGGGCUGCAAGGACAUCGCCUGGCAGCUGGUCCACAACGUCGACAUCAACGUGAUCUUGGGGGGUGGUCGAAAAUACAUGACCCCCAAGGGGACGCUAGACCCCGAGUACCCCACCCACUCCACGUCAAAUGGGAUACGAGAGGACGGGCAUAACCUCAUCGACAUGUGGCUGAAGGCACACCCGGGUGCCCUCUAUGUCUGGAACCGGACAGAGAUGCUGGCCGCUGCCGCUGACCCCAGUGUGAAUUAUUUAAUGGGUCUCUUCGAACCCACGGACAUGAAGUACAACAUGUUGCGUAACACAACCAUGGACCCGUCACUCACCGAGAUGAUGGAGGCAGCCAUCAAGGUCCUGAGCAGGAACCCCAAUGGCUUCUACCUCUUUGUGGAAGGUGGCAGAAUUGACCACGGCCACCACGAUGGUGCAGCCCAUAGGGCACUGACCGAGGCAGUAGAGUUCGACCGGGCCAUCGCACGGGCAGGUGCCCUGACGGAUGAGGCACAGACCCUCACAGUCAUCACUGCUGACCAUUCCCAUGUCUUCUCCUUCGGCGGCUACACCCUGCGUGGCUCCUCCAUCUUCGGUCUGGCCCCCAGCAAAGCUGUUGAUGGGAAGAACUACACCUCUAUCCUCUAUGGGAAUGGACCGGGUUAUCCAGGCACCAACCGGAGCGAUGUGGACAUUGGAACAGCCAACCAGUACGACUAUUUGCAGCAGGCGGCUGUGCCCCUCGCCUCGGAGACCCACGGCGGCGAGGAUGUGGCCAUCCUGGCCAAGGGCCCCAUGGCCCACCUCUUCCACGGGGUGCAGGAGCAGACCUACGUGGCCCACGCCAUGGCCUGA